GUGUGGUCCACAACGGUGAGACAGCCAUCCUUUCUGUGGACUACAACGAGGAGGGCAGUGCCAGUGGCAGCGUCACAGGCGACAUGAUCCGUGACACGAUCUGCCUCGGCCGAGGAGCAAACCGUCUCUGCGCAGAAUUCGGUCUCCUUGCCGCUGAGAAGAUGACAGAUGCGCCGUUUACUCAGCUGCCCAUGGAUGGACUCGUUGGCCUCAGUCUCCAGGGUCUGUCCAUCUCCGAGCCUUUCAACUUCCUGCACAACCUGGGGCAGAACGGCUUCGCACGGACCUUUGGCCUCUUCCUCCCGGGGGCAACGAAGCCUGGGCCAGCCGAGCUUACCCUCGGCGGGCACAACCCGGAUCGUCUUGCUUCAAAUCUCUCUUGGGUUCCAGUGGAGCAGCCUGAGAAGGGUUUUUGGCAGGUGCACAUUCAGUCCGUGUGGGUCGGUUCGGAACAGUUGGACUUCUGCCGGCAAGGCUGCAGAGCCAUUGUUGAUAGCAGCUCAUCUCACCUCACGGUGCCCACCGAGGUGAUGCCAGUGAUGAUGCAGAAGCUGGCAGUGAAAGCGCCCAAGAGCUGGUUCUCCGAGAAGGAGUUGUGCAACGAAGCCACGGGCGCGCCCCUGACCUUCGUCCUCAGCAACGGUGAGAAGCUGACGCUGGAAGCUAAGGACUAUGCUGGAGCAGAGGGCAAGGAUUGCGUGGCGCAGCUCCACCCUUGGGAGGUUGAGGAGCGAAAAACUACAGGGACGC